UUUUACCUCUCACGGGAUAAACUUUGUAAUCCUUGUUUAGUGUUCUUGCCACUUUUUAAUAUAAACACCGUUACUGUAUUUUUGCACACUAAGAUACAACAAAAGAUUUUUGUUAACACCUUCACAACACCGAACAGAACGAAGCAGGUACUUUAAGUGACAAAUGGAGAAUUUAAACUGUUUUCUAAAGGUUUCUACUCCGUCCCAGGCAGGGGUUUGUCGCACACGUGAGCAAACAAAUGCAUCCCAUAAGGUCAAACAAUAUCAGUCACAGCAACACAAUUAUUUUCUAUCUGAUGUUUCAUUUUGAUUGUCAAUUGUCCGUGCCUCAGUCCCCAGCUCCGCCCCAAAAGACGUGACAGUGGUGAGCAAAGAGAACAAGCCACGCACCAUAAUAGUCAACUGGCAGCCUCCCUCUGAAGCCAACGGGAAAAUUACCGGUUACAUUAUCUACUACAGCACGGACGUCAACGCGGUGGUCCACGACUGGGUCAUCGAGCCUGUGGUGGGGAACCGCCUCACACACCAGAUCCAGGAGCUGACUCUGGACACCACGUACUACUUCAAGAUCCAGGCCAGGAACUCCAAAGGAAUGGGGCCCAUGUCGGAGCCGGUGCAGUUCAGAACUCCCAAGACUGAGUCCUCUGACAAAAUGGCUAAUGACCAAGCUUCAAAUAUCCCACCAAAGCCAGGACCUCCAGGCAACUCGUAUCCAGUUGCCCCUCGAAAUUCAGAUGGUAAAAUAGGUCCCAGAAAUGAGAAUCUCACCGUGAUCAUCGUCAGCAUAAUCGCAGUGGGAGUCUUCACCACCAUAGUGGUGGUAGUGGGAGCCUUACUGUGCACGCGGCGCAGCACGUCCCAGCAGAAAAAAAAGCGAGCGGCCUCGAAGUCGUCAAACGGCUCCCAUAAGUACAAGGGAAACUCCAAAGACCUGAAGCCGCCCGACCUUUGGAUUCACCACGAGAGGCUGGAACUGAAACCCAUAGACAAGUCGCCGGAACCCAACCCGGUCAUGACCGAGACGCCCAUCCCCCGCACCUCGCAGGACAUCACCCCCGCCGACAGCGGCCUGGAGAGCAACCCCCACCUGCAGCAGCGGCGCAACUCCUACCGAGGCCACGAAUCAGACGACAGCAUGUCCACACUUGCAGGCCGCCGGGUGAUGAGGCCUAAAAUGAUGAUGCCUUUUGACGCUCAGCCGCCCCAGCCUGUGAUUAGUGCUCACCCCAUCCAUUCCCUCGAUAACCAUCAUCACCAUUAUCACAUGGGCAGCCUGGUAUCACCGACACGCAGCUACCUCUACCAUCAAGGCAGCGGGUACCCUCGCCCGCACGCCUGCGCCACCCCCAUCUCCCACCUAGAGAGGGUGGACUCUUCAGGUGAGACACUGCCCCCUGCUGGACAACUCAAGAAAGCCGCAAGAGGGCAGGCCACUUUCACUUAUUGAGCAUUUGAUUAUUCGUCUGCGGGCAGCUGCCGCCAUCUUGUUACGUUUGUAAUUCUUCUCUGCUGUCUUGCAGAUUUUCUCUAGUUUUUCAAACAAUGUUGGGAUUAAAAUGCCAACGCAAAUUCCCUCUUUUUUUCGUCUUGUUGUUGCAAUAGAGGAGCCUAGACCCAAACAGUUGGUUACAGAUUGAGGAUUUUUCUUAAUGUUUCCAUAUAUUGCUACACUUUCCAGUCAGCAUUUAUUUCUUCCACCCCAAGGCUUUUAGAUGAACAAUUUAUCUUUUCCCCCCAUACAGGUGUUUUCACAAAUAACGUAAAAAAAAUUCACAGUUUUAAAGGAUCUCGAAUAAGGGUUUACUUGGUUUAAAUACUGCAGUUUCAAUCUAUGUGAGGUGCCAGUAACAUAGAUGUGAAACAGGCCUUUUUUGUGUUUUCACAGAUGGAGUAAAAGCAGUGGAAAACUGCUUGAAUAAAAACCUGCACGGUGCAGAAUUUAGUUAAUCUUUGAUCAGUAUUUCAGAUUUUGAACUAAAGGUGA